CGGCGAGGGGCGAGGAAGGAGCGAUCUCGUAGCUGACGAGCGUAAAAAUAAAAAAAAGUUGUGAGUUUGCAGUUUCAUGUUCAACUGGCAACAAUGCAUACCGCAAAGCCCAGGAUGGUGGUCCCAUAUGGCCUCAAGACUCUCCUUGAAGGAGUGAGCAGAGCAGUUCUCAAAGCCAGUCCCUCCAACAUCACUGAAUUUGCUGCUGAGUAUUUCAGAGAACUGAUAGUUUUUCGAGAAGAACAUCCUAAUUUGGAUAUCAAAGAACUGGUGAGACAAUUUCAUAUGACAAGAGUGGAGGGAUGGGCAGAAGGACCUGGAGCAGCAACACCGAUGCCCCGUUCGAAAAGGGCAGAUGUUGGAGAUGCAUUUCGGUCAGACCUCGACACGAUUCCAAUGCAUGAUGAACCCAAACGGAAGGAGAAGUCGACUGACACAGAAGAGGAUCAGAUAAACGAAGAGCCUCAUUGUGAACUGAGUACCAAGACUACUCAAUUCCCGUCUAUUGUUGAUGAAUUUCUAGAAAAGGCUGGGGACGACAAGGGAGCAGGACUUGCCUAUGUCCCAGCCGAUCCAGCUCAGCUAGCAGCACAAAUGCUAGGUAACGUUGAAACGCUUGGUACCGAGCCUGAGUUGAAGGAUGUGGCCAUCUCUGUGCAGACCCUUCCUGCGUUGUCCCACACUGCCAGCGAGGCAAUGGCCGUGGCUGCAGUUUCCCAAGUAGCUGCCCCCGAACCUGCCCCAGCAGAAGCAGCUGCUGAAGAAGAAGCACCUGCCCCAGCAGAAGCAGAAGCUGCCCCUGCCCCAGCAGAAGCAGAAGCUGCCCCUGCCCCAGCUGAAGCAGAGCCUGCCCCAGCAGAAGCAGAAGCUGCCCCUGCCCCAGAGGAAGCAGAACCUGCCCCUGCCCCAGAGGAAGCAGAACCUGCCCCAGCGGAAGCAGAACCUGCCCCAGAGGAAGCAGGAAACCAAGCUUCUGCACAUUCUCUCAGGGCUGCAUCAGGCACUCAGAGUCAGAGCUCCGUCCUGGGGGACGCAGCUACCUCGGGCAGCCAGGCAGAACAGCCACCUGCUGACCCAGUAGAACAAGCUUCCUCAGACCCCUUGCAGGAAGGAGAGCCACCCCCGCCGCUACCACCACCGCCUCCUGAUAAAGACCUGUUGCAGGCAGAGAGUUGCCCAAGUGAAAUUGAGCUCACAUCAGACAUACACAUCACACCCAUGGGUGGUGAUGACCCCAGCGCUGGUGGAGAGCCUGUACCACCACCUUAUGUAGAGCAGUUUCCACAGCAGAUAGUCAUUCCUUUUGUAGAUACAGUAGCCUGUCUCUUAGAUCCACUAACGGCUUCACCAAAUGCAGGCCAGUUUACUAGUAUUCUAGAUCCAUCUGCAGAUGAUGCAGAAUGUGACCCUGACAGAAUGGAUACUACAGAGCAACUGAAAUCAGCUGACCCAGGUUUUAUUAUGUCAGCCAUGGCAACAAGCGAACCAGGACAGCCACCACCAUAUUCUAAUGUGUGGACUCUCUAUUGUCUAACUGAUUUGAAACAACAAGGUCGUAAGUCACCACCACCUCCACCCCUUCCACCUGUUGGAACUGGUGCUCCUGUUCCCCAAGCAACCCUAUUCAUAUCUAGUGGUAAGGACCAACCGCAGUAUCUACAGCCGCAGAUGAUACAACAAGGCCAUCCACCACAAGUGUCCUCUCCAACUUAUGUGAUGAUGGAAGAUGGGAAGAAGGGAAAUGCACCACCUUUCAUUUUAGUGGGCUCUUCUGUUCAGAAUAAACAGGACUGGAAACCCAUCCCAGGCCAUACUGUUCUAACGCAGCCGGACGCUGCGGGUACUGUGAGGAGGUUCGCUACAAUACCCGUACCAGUCGCCAGGGCAGCAGAUCCAAAAACAGCCAACCCCAAUUUUAACCCUGCACAAGAUAGUGGCAGGCCUCCAACUCCAGUUUUUCUUUCAGUUGCCAUACCACUGGAAGAUGUGAUGAAUGGGAAGAAUGGCUCAGGAGCUGGGGAUAAAACACCUUUUGCAGGCAGUUAUGGUAUAGCAGGAGAGAUCACAUUUACGACUGCCUCCGUACGUAGGACAGAAUAGCAAAACGAUUGAGAAGAGGUGCUGUCCAACAUUUCACCCCAGAAUGGAAAGCUGCAUCUUUAAUUUAAAAAUUGAUUAACUAGUACACGCAAUAAAGCAGUGCAAGGAAUCUGAAUCUAAAGGCAUUUUUUCCAUAUGGUUUAAGACUGAUAGCCAAGUAGCAUACAAUUAAAACCAGGAUUUUCCUUAGGUUGAUCUCCUGUCCAAAUGAAACAUUUAAAAAUGAUUGUUAGAAAAAACAUGGAACUGCUUUUACUUUAGACACCCUCAGUGGAAAUAUAUUAUUUUUAGGCCAUUUAUUAGACUCUGCAGAAAGUUUUGAAGUGUGCAUACAGUUUAACAGUUUAACUUGUGAGAGAGAGAUCCACUUUGAAAUAACAAAAUGGAAAAC